GCAGACAGAAGAGCAGCAUGAGGCCUGAGAACCAGAGCAGCGUGUCCCAGUUCCUCCUCCUGGGGCUCCCCAUCCCGCCAGGGCAGCAGGGCGUGUUCUUCACCCUGUUCCUGGGCAUGUACCUGACCACGGUGCUGGGCAACCUGCUCAUCAUCCUGCUCAUCAGGCUGGAUUCUCGCCUGCACACGCCCAUGUACUUCUUCCUCAGUCACUUGGCCUUCUCUGACAUUUCUCUUUCAUCUGUCACUGUCCCUAAGAUGCUCAUGAACAUGCAGACUGAGCGUCAAUCCAUCCCCAAUGUGGGAUGUAUUACUCAGUUGUAUUUUUUCAUUCAUUUUGCUAGUCUUGAUAAUUUUCUUCUGACUGUGAUGGCAUACGACAGGUACGUGGCCAUCUGUCAUCCUCUGUACUACACCACCAUCAUGAAGGAGGGGCUGCUUGCAUUGCUGGUGGCUGGCUCUUGGAUAGUUGCCUGUGUCCAUGCUCUUUUUCAUACCCUCCUCUUGGUCCGACUGUCUUUCUGUGCUGACAAUACCAUCAUCCACUUCUUCUGUGACCUCGCUGCACUCCUAAAGCUGAGCUGUUCAGAUACCUCCCUCAAUGAGCUGGUCAUAUUCACUGAGGGAGGAAUGAUUUUCUUUUUGUGUUUUGGUGUUAUUUCAUGCUCCUAUAUCCGUAUAGGGACCAUCAUUCUGAGGGUCCCCUCCACUAAGAGACUCUAUAAAGCCUUUUCUACCUGUGGCUCCCAUCUCUCUGUGGUGUCUUUAUACUACGGGACAGUGGCAGGUGUUUACUUUUCCUCCUCAUCAUGGGGUUCCAAAGACAUAAUUGCUUCAGUCAUGUAUACAGUAGUUACCCCCAUGCUGAACCCCUUCAUCUACAGCCUGAGGAACAGAGAUAUCAAACAGGCCUUAGAGAUGUGUGUCAAUAGGGUUAAGUUCUUUAAGCAGCAAUCACUAGAUCCUCCUGUUGUAGUCAGGAGCACAGUGAGAUAG